UCACCAGCGCCGUUGCUAAGAGGCCUUGGAUACCUGGCCGCGGGAUGCGGGGCGGUGUCAGGUGAAGAUGGUGGUCACUGGGCCUCAGGUAACCAUGGAGAAAGAGCUUCGGAGCACCAUUCUUUUCAAUGCAUACAAAAAAGAAGUAUUUACCACCAACAAUGGCUAUAAAUCCAUGCAGAAAAGACUUCGGAGUAAUUUGAAGAUUCAGAGCUUAAAAGAUGAAAUCACAUCUGAGAAGCUAAUUGGGGUGAAACUGUGGAUUACAGCUGGGCCAAGGGAAAAAUUUACUGCAGCUGAGUUUGAAGUCCUGAAGAAAUACCUUGACGGUGGCGGUGAUAUCCUUGUGAUGCUAGGAGAGGGUGGGGAAUCCAGAUUUGACACCAAUAUUAACUUUCUUCUAGAAGAAUAUGGAAUCAUGGUUAAUAAUGAUGCUGUGGUUAGAAAUGUAUAUUAUAAGUAUUUACAUCCUAAGGAAGCUCUAGUUUCCAACGGAGUCCUGAAUAGGGAAAUUAGCCGAGCUGCAGGGAAGGCCGUGCCUGGAAUCAUUGAUGAGGAAAGCAGUGGAAACAAUGCCCAGGCUCUCACCUUUGUCUAUCCUUUUGGUGCCACAUUGAGUGUCAUGAAACCAGCAGUGGCUGUUCUGUCCACAGGCUCUGUCUGUUUCCCGCUUAACAGACCCAUUCUGGCUUUCUAUCACUCGAAGAACCAAGGUGGGAAGCUGGCAGUGCUUGGCUCAUGUCACAUGUUCAGUGACCAAUAUUUGGAUAAAGAAGAAAACAGCAAAAUCAUGGAUGUUGUUUUCCAGUGGCUCACAACGGGAGACAUCCACCUAAACCAGAUAGAUGCUGAGGACCCAGAGAUUUCCGACUACAUGAUGCUGCCCGACACAGCCACCCUGUCAGAGAGGCUUCGAGUGUGUCUCCAGGAGGGCGAUGAGAACCCAAGAGACUUUACCACCCUCUUCGACCUGUCCAUUUACCAGCUGGAUACCACCUCCCUCCCCAAGGUCAUCAAGGCCCACGAACAGCUAAAUGUGAAACAUGAACCUCUCCAGCUCAUCCAGCCUCAGUUUGAGACGCCACUGCCAGCCCUUGAGCCAGCGGUUUUCCCUCCCAGUUUCAGGGAAUUACCACCUCCUCCGCUGGAGCUAUUUGACUUAGAUGAGACGUUCUCUUCUGAGAAGGCCCGCCUUGCUCAGAUUACCAAUAAGUUUCGCAACCUGAACCCAUUUCAAACCUGGAAUGUAUUGACUGAAGAGACGGCUACUUCCCAUGAGGAAGGACCUCAUAACAUCAAGGCAGAUAUGUACUACUGA